UGUGUUGAACUUGAAGUUGAAGUGCGCCGUAGAUCUACUGGUUGUAUGUCUGUGCAUGCCUGUGGCGGUACGUAGAGUCUACUCCCCCGGCCCAUGGUAUGGCGUGGCCACUCGCUAGCGGCCAUCACUGCAUCAGCACUUACUUUGCAUACCGCACUUACUUACCUUUCUGAUCCUGGCCUAGCCUAGCUCCUAGCGUCGGGUCCCGGUGCAUGCAGCGCGCGCGCUGUAUGCCAGCAUGCCGACUUGGCUCUUUCUGAACAAUUUUUUCAUCAACUUGCAUCAUCUUGAACUAAAAAUAAUUGUUGUUUUCAACUGGUUUAUAUCGAUCUCGCGACUCGAUCCACUGAGUUGCUUUCGUUGGAGGCCUGGUUACUGGUGCAAGUUAGUUGUGUGAACCGUUCGCUUUCGGAAUUUCUCUAUAUUGGACGCACAUACGCGUGGCGUAGUUCAAAAUGGAGAAAAAGUCGGCCUCGGGCCAGAAGUCUUCUCGUUCAAAAAACAAAGGGAAAAAGUCCAGCACUGAACGCGCCUCUACGAAGGAACUAACCAGAAUGGAUACAGCCGAGACAUGGUUUAAACUCAGUGAUUCAGUACGUGGUGAACACUUUGAAGUCAUGAGAGUUCGUGUUCUCUCCUUUCUGCUAUUCAGCCAGCCGGACCACUGCAAUGCUUGGCGAGGUGUGGCGAAGGAAGCUGGAGUGCUUGACGAGAAUAAUGCCGUUGUAUACAGGCAGCUAGCUGACCUGGACCUUGUGGAUAUGGUCCAAGAUGCUCUGUCUGCCAUCAAGGAACAUCUUAAUAAUCAAUUCCUACUCGACCACAUCUUGGGAAUUGCUGACCAGGCAGAGGAGCAUUCCCUUGGCAAUCCGCCGGAGAGUUCAUGGUUUACGACAAAUAUCCAGAAAUUAGCCCAGAGAUAUCCUGGUUUACGGUCAAAAGUUCGCUUUACAGUUCUAUUGCUUGUCGUCAAGCAUGUUUCCGAUCAUAUACGAGCUCUAAUUUGUGAUUCACGUGAUCUCAGUAAAGAGCACAGACGCAGUUGUGCCAAGAGUGAAGAAGCAACGCAUCAUAUAAAAAUUGAAGGAAAUGCCUGUUUCAAGUUGGAUACCGGUAUUCCCAAAGCCAUUGGACUUUACAGCAAUGCGAUCCGGCAGAAUCCGUUCAGCAACAUAUUAUACAGCAACCGGUGCAUUUGUUACUUGAAGCAAAGCAAAGCCAUGUUGGCCUUGGUCGAUGGAAAGCGCUGCUCAGUGCUACAACCAGAGUGGGAAAGAGGUCAGCAUCGCUACGUGCAAGCCUUGAUCGAGAGCGGGUGCUAUGUCAAAGCCAAAGAAGCCAACGAGACGGCACGCAAGAUAUGUAAAGCAAAAUCUGACCUAGAGAAGCAGUAUGAAGCAAUUUUAAGUGCAAUUGCCAAGCGCGAUGGAGGAGUUGGCGGCGCAAAGCAUGAAUCUAGCAGUAAGUCUAAAAGUCAGCAGCGAGACGGCAAGCGUCGAUCACAGUAUGACGACAUGCCCGAGCUGGUGACUGAUGAAGAAGAUGAGUGCAGUGAUGAUGGUUGGAUUACGGAGGAUAGUGACAGUGCUAUAAGUACUUCUAGUAACACCACAUCUUCCAAAACACUAACGGCAAACUCAGAUAAGCAAUCUAUCAUAGCAGGCAAGGCCACCACUGCAUCUGCUGCUACUGCUACUGCUGCCAGCUCUGCUGUAGCUCAAGAAGAUGAAGUCGACGACGAUGAUAUACCAGGUCUAGUUGAGCUAGAUGAUGAAAUGACAUCUAGCAGUCUUGAGUCUGAUUCUGCUGACAGUAAUGAAGAUGAUGACAUAGUACUACCGUCAAAGACGAAGACCACUGAUCAGAAUAGUAAGGCUGCUCCUAAGGCAUCCAGUACACCAGCCAAUACCAGUAGUAGCACCAACACCGCUAGCAGCAAGGAGAAGGCAAAGUCUGCUGCAGGUUUAUUUGUACGAGAACAUAAUCCACCAGACUCUCCAAGCAAAAAGAAACCACUUUCUGCUGGACUACAUAAUAUGUGUGAUAACAAUGAUGGUGAUGAUGAUGAUGAUGAUGAUGAUGAUGAUGAUGAUGAUCUUAAUGAUAUGCCAGAAUUGGUCAGCUCAGCCGAUUCUAGUGACACUGAUUCACCUCCCCUUGUCCAAUUUAAGUCUAAAGUAGCUACAUCCUCGUCUUCCGUCUCUAAGCUUUCUGCCUCUGGCAGUGAAAGCAAAAAAAACAAUUCUGUCAAGCCAUCUUUGUCCUCAUCUGCUGUAAAUUCCUCAGUGCAUGGUGCCCUAUCCUCUAACUCUUCUGCUGCCUCUAACAAGAAAUCCUCAGCAAAAUCAGCCUCUAGCUCGGCAUCAUCAUCUUCUAAGACUAGCGCUGCGACAACUGCACCAACUACAUCUGCUAAGCACAACCAACAACCGCAUGCCCCGGCUCAACGCCAAGAUAACAAUGAUUCCCAAAAAAGAAAGGACUCUGCCAACAGCACGAAAUCGGAGUCUGCUCCCGUGCAACAAGCCAGUGCUGCUCGGAAACAAACAUUGGAGCGCUUUGAAUUGGUGGAUCUGCUCGCGGGUGCCUCGCAACAAUUGCUCCUGAACGAUUUCAACCGUGCUCUACCCAAGUACAGAGAUGCAUUGAAAGCGGUCAGUGUGAACAAGAAGUUGAUGGGCGAUCGCGAGCAUGUUGUUUUACUCUACAGCUUAGCUAGUGCUCUGGUGGAACUAGCCGAUCAUAACUCACUAGUGGAAGCUGGCGAGCACCUGGCUUGCAUACUGCAUGAAUUUGAAAAUAUUUCCUUCCCACUUGUCUACUAUGGCCAAGCACAGGUGCAUGUGAAGUUGAACAAUUACCAGGAAGCACUUGAAGCAGUGGAGAAAGGCCUGGCAAUGCUGAAACGCAGUAAGAGUCAGUUAGUCACAUGUACUUGGCCCGGAACUGAAACCGUCAUUGCGGAGUCGCGUGCCAAAGAUUACAAUGAAGUGCUCGUUGACUUGCGUGCUCUGUGCUUGAAUCCUCCGCGCCCAGAGGCCGUGUGUCGCUAUUUGGAAUGUAAAACUCGCCGUCCGAUUUAUCUCAGCGAUCCUGAUUACAAGGGGUACGUGCGCACAACCUGCACGUCGCUCUGUCAUGUUGACUACCACUUGACUUGCUGGAGACGCGUGCGUGCUGAUGAUCCUAGUAAGCCGUCAGAGAAAGAUCUGCUGGGCAGUGGUUGCGUGACACCGGACUGUGAAGGGCGUAUUUAUUGUAUCAACAUCCACGAUACUGGGCGUAAGGCCAAGAAAGAGUUCCGUGAUGAGUCUCUCAUCAAGUCAAAGUCCACAGCAGCCACUGCUGGCAAGCAGCGUUCCGGCAAGGCUAAAACCCAGAAGGUCAAACAGCGACCGGUUGACGAUGAGGGUAUUGUUGCUGAUGCUCUUGCUACUCCGGCUGGACCACGUGAAAGCAAAAUCAAAGACGGUAGAGAGCACCAUGCCACUGACGACGAUUAUCCAACUCAUCUACCAGCUGCUGGUGCUGCUUCUGCUGUUGGUUCCUCUGGAGCUGGAGCACAUCUGACGUCGGCAAAUGCUGUUGCCACCUGUGACACCGCCGCUGCUGUUGCUACUGUUGCCCCUGCUGAUGCUGAUGCUGCUGCUGCUGCCAGUGCUAGUGCCGACACAACAUCUAUGGUCAGGCUGAAACGUGAUGACGAUGAGGAUUCCAUGACAACCAAGUCUUCCAAGAGCAAAGCAAAGAAGAAGAAAGUAGCGAAGAGCCAGACGGUGGCCCUGGAUGCUUUCCUUGGUGACCAGUAUGUACCACGCAAUGCUGACGGCCUGCCGCUUGUUUCCGCUGAAGAUGCCAAUCCUCAUUUUGAGAUGUUCGGCAGCAACAGCAGCAUCAGCAGCAGCAGUACUGCCAGUAGUGGCAUUAGUGCUCUCGGCUCGUUCAGUAGUGGCAUUAGCGCUCUCGGCUCGUUCCCGCCUAUGCCUCCACCGGCUAGUACAUCAUUAUCAUACAGAACGGCCAGUGAUGUGUCAACAGGCACUCGCGUUCCAGUGCCGCCGAUGUCCAUGGCCAUGCCUACUGCUACUGGUGGCAUACCUCGUACUGCCAGCCAUGUACCAAUCCAUUUACCGGAUACCUCUACCCAGGGCCCGACGGGCAGCAGCCACCUUGGUACAGUCAAUCUCCCAGGCGCUAAGAAUGCCGGUGACUAUCCAAGUUUGAGCAUGGAGGAAGAUUCUGGGAAAACUGCUGCCACUUCAACUACUGUGUCAACACUAUCUGAGAAGCCCUCGACAGCAGCCGUUAAGGAUGAUGAGCUACUGCUUGAAGUAGACAGUGAGGUUCUCACCAACGUCUACUCAAUGUUGGCUGAUGUGGUGCGCUAUGGCGGUGAGAUGGGAAUUGAUGAUGGGCGCUUGACUGAGAACAUAGGUUUCUUUCCGGACCAAGUGAAACAGGCUAUUGAAGUAGUUGGUGGGCUGAAGGGAUUUCUGAGACGCUCUGAACUAUUCGCUGUCCGUGGUAGUCGUGUUUGCUUGCGUGAAUUCCUGCCGUCAGUGGAGGAUGCAGGUCCAGAACGUAGUGUAUCGGCUGCUGUUGACAUACGCCGUCCAGGCGCAAAGCCAGAAGCCGGCUCAGCUGCUAGUAGUGCCGAUGCAGCCAAUUCACCGGCGCUGAAUGUUGAUGCCAAUGAGUUUGUACCUAAGAACGUGUCCGGUCGCAGUGCUAGCGGCAAUACUACUGCUGAUACAACUUGUUUGGAUGAAUUUGCAGCAUCGAUGGAGGUGCCCAACCUUCCUCCAGCAGCCAUGUACUCGAACAGCAUGAUACCACCGGUACCACUAACUGCUCCUCUUCCUGCUAUGCCAGGUGUAGAGUUCAUGGCUUCUGGACCUCCCGGUGGCUUUUUCAUGCCACCUCCGCCAGGGCCUCCACCACCCGGGGUUCCUAUGCCACCAUUUCCUCUGCCACCUGGACCACCAGGACUACACGGUGUGGGGCCUCCACCAGCGCACACAAUGCCGCCGAUGAUGAUGAAUUCGCCACCCAUGCCGCGGCCUCCGCCUAUUGCUCCUGCUUCUACUACAAUGUUUGGAGGCACAACUGCAGCACCCAACAGCUUGCCUCCUCCACCUAUGUCGACUGUGUCCUCGCAUGAGUCCAUAUCUUGCGUGCCUGUUGACCUUAUCAAUGAUGAUGUAGCUAGCAAUGUCAGCUCAUCCAAGAGCCACCAGUUUAGUGAUCUGAAUGUGGUGCGGCAUGUGGCAGAAGAAGCUCAAGAAAUCUCCACUACUACCAGCAGCAAACCAGCAGCAGCAGCCCAGCAAGAUAAGUCCAGUGCGGCGGCCGCUAGCCGUAGCAAAAGCAGCACAGCCGCUGCUAGUGCCACCAGCUCCGCAUCUUCUGUGUCCUCUCAGCCUCCUGCCAAGAGCAAGAAGCAGAAGAAGAAGGAAAGGGCUGCUGCCGCAGCAGCUGCCGCCGCCGCCGCUGCUGAUCAUAUGUCUUCUAAUGUGGACGACAGUGAAACGUAUGAUGACACUGGGGAUGAGGAUAGCUGCGAUAAGGCAUGCCAGACAGACCGUGGCCUGGAUCCUGAGGUCAUUGCUGAAGAGCUUCAAGAGGAAUGUGAUAGAUUGAAGCAACAGCUGGAUGAUGUCAACGAGCAGCUGAGUGAUGUCAAUGACCGGCAGCACAAGCAGAAGAGACAGUUUGAAAUGGACUUGGGCACGGCACACAAGAAGACUGCGGAGGCACAGGAGAAAAAUGCCAAGCUCAAAAGUGUAGUCACUUCGCUGCGCGAGAAGCAUGAAGCCGAAGUUAAGAAUGUUGCUGAAGCGAAACGUGUUCGCCAUCAGGUCAAGGAGCUGGAAGGACGUGAGACUAAGCUGCGUGCGGACUUGGAGCGAUCACAGCAAGAAUGCAACCAGCUUCGUCAACAAGUUGAUGUGGAGCGUGAGGACUACACGAAACAGCUGUCAUUGAGUGACUCGCAGAAACGCGAUCUGCAGAAUACGGUAGAAGCUUUGAAGCAGCGCUCUGUGUCCGCUGAAGUCACUGUGAUAGAAUUGCGGCGGGACAUGCGCCUGCGUGAGAUCGAAGGCUUCCGUCAACAGGCAGGAAUGGUUGCGGGUCGUCUCCAGCAUGCCUUGCAGUCUGGUCAUAACAAUGUCGCUUUGGUGGAGCAUCUGAAACAGACCAAUCGCUACCAAAAGGAGUUGAUCAGCUGUGGCGAAAGACUGGUUGCUAUGGCUGUUCAUCAGAUUGAAUCACUGCAGAGUGGCCAGAAAGAACUGUCAUCACUAGCACCUUUGGGUGUACAGCUGCCAGUGCCUCCAAGGCAAACUAUGCCACCACCACCACCUGCUGCUGCUGCUGGUGGUCCAGUGCCGGUACCACCCAUGGCUUCGGCCAAUCCAGUGCAACAACCGUCGCCGCCAGCGCCACUUCGUGCUGCUGGUGGUCCAGUCGCCCUUGGUGGAACGCGGCCUCCUCCACGCGCCUCUCCUGCUGCUGCUGCUGCUAGCAGUGAUGUCGGAGUACCAUCACAACCACCAACUGCAUCACAGGGGAAAGGUGCAGCUGAUGCGGCCGCUAUUCGCUCUACAUCCUCUCCCAGACCUGCUGCAGUUGGUAAUGGUAGUGACAAGCACGCAUCUCAACCAGUACCGCGCCAGCUGUCUGCACCAGCAGCGGCAGCAACACCAGUCACAAGCACCGCUACUCUUCCGGCUACUGCUGCUCAUUCUGCUUCUGACAGUAGAUUAAAGGCAUCAUCAAGGUCUGGCUCUACCACUGUGCAAGCUGCUAAACCUGCUAUGGCAGCUCAGUCUACUGCUGCUGCUCCUGCUGCUCCGGCUGCUGUCAGUGAAAAGAAGCUAAACAGCUUUGAAAAGAUCAUCAGUCAACUGGCAGCUAUGUACCCCGGGCAUAGCCGUGCAGACCUGGUGGAGUUCAUUCGCACUGUGCGCGCCGAGAACAACAACAGCUUGUCUGGCAUCUCCUUGGAUGAUGUGGUGCGCCGUGUCACGGUCAUCAUUGACACUCGUUCGCGUCAAUCGACUACGUCGGCCAUGGCAGGUAAUGGUGCUGGAACUAGUGUUGCAGCUGCACCACCACCAGGUAUGUCGGCAUCCGACUCAAUCAGUGGUAGUGCUCAGAGGCUUGCUAGUAAACAACGCACAGGUCAUCAUCACACUGCUGCUGCUGCCGCUGUGAAUACAUCCUCAAUGCCUGCGCCGCCGCCAUCCAUGGCAGCUUAUGGCAGUAGUAGAGGUGCAAGUGCAUUCCAAAAGGCAUCUGUUGCAAUGGAUGAAAUGGAAGAUUGUAUUAUUUGUGUGGAGGAAAUGACUGUCAAGAAUUCCAUUAAACUGCAGUGUGGUCACCGCUUCCAUACUGAAUGCAUUCGUAAAUGGUUCCAUGAGCAGAGCACGUGUCCCAAUUGUCGUGUCCACUGUCUAAUGCCUGAUGAGUACCCUGCUCUUGCGUGAUGUGUUGCUGUAAGGACUUACUGUAAUACUUGCUGCUGCUGCUGCUGCUGCUGCUGCUGUUGCUACAUCUACCUGUGCUAGCAUUGUUUGAAUUGCGCUGUGUGCUUGUUGUAUGUACAUUGUACUAGGCUUAUCCUGUGGCCCGUUGACCUUCCUGUGCAGGUGUCACACAUAUAUGCCUGCGUGGUGCAGCUAGUAUCUUUGCUGCUGUGAACAUUUAUUUUUAUUUUUACCUGGCCAUACUUGCUCCUGGUGCAUAAUUUCCCUUCCAGUUUUUUUCCAACAAUGAAGUGUUUUGAGUUCCAUUCGUAUUUCUGUGCUGUUUUGAAAUUGUGGACACGUUUCGUAUGAUUUGAUGUUUUUUGUGAAUACGCUACUGCUGUCUUUAGAUGAACUCGUUUUUCAAUGCCUUAGCUUACGUUUAGUGUUCUUCUUUUAAUACUGGAUUUUUUUCAUUGGAGCUGCCAGGGGACAUUGGUGUGCUAAAGACCCCAGUUUGUUUUGUUUUUAUUACCAGUGUUUCUUCCAAUUGUGCUGGCCCACUUUUGCUCUUUUCAGCUUUUUACACAUGAGACGUGCAUUCUCGUCCCAUGCAAUGCAUGUGUCAUUGCUUUUCUUGAUUUUGUUUGCGAUUCUCUGCCUGUCAGUGCAGGCCACUCUCAAGGAUGUUCAAUUCAACGUUA